AAAAUCAAUUUUGAAAUCUGACAGCUGAUUGUUUGCCGCAGUGGCUCUUGGAAAAAAUAUAAAAAUAAAUAUAAGUCCUUUAGUAUAAUUAAAAUUAUCAUUAUUGCAAUGAAUUUAAGAUAAAUUAAAAUGUCUUGUAUAUGAUGUAUUGAGUGAGACGAUUAGUUGUAAUGUCUAUUGUGAUCGAUGAUGUAAGAUUAUUUAAGUGACUAAGUGCGCGUUUCAUUGUUUGUCUGUUUUUUGUAUAUUCGUGAUGGAGAGCGACAAUGGAAGCAUCGGAAAUCAUGAAAAAGAAGGGAAUGAGAGCAGCUCGCAUUCCACACCACAGGAACAUAAAUCGUUCGCUGAAUAUGCCAAGGAUAAAUUGGAUAGUGCGGGCAGAGAGUUGCGACGUCGUCUUCCCAUGGCUGGCCAGUUGGGAGCACACUUGAUACAUCCAAGACGACUCCUCCUUCACUCCACACCCACACAGCAGACCGAUGUUGUACUAAUAUUUCCAAAAGGUCUGCCGGAUAGUAUGUUGUUGUGGCUGCUGCAGAAGUUACGGGGCAGUCGUCCCAGACUGAGGGUCUACGUACGGCAGCACGCCUCAUCGCAGUGCUCAGCCUUUUAUAUAACAGCUGAUGACGAUGUACUGCUGCAGACCGCGGAGGAAAUUCAUCUACCCAAACUGUUGAAGCCGGAAUUCGGUGGCGGCUAUAAGGAGUUCACAGUACGUGAUAUGCACUGCUUCCAAAAGGGUUCAUCGGCGUCUGAAUUGCUAAGCUCUCAAGACCGCGGCGCGCUGGUGAAGCACGUGCUGGAGUCGGCGCGAGCGGAGCCCGGGGACGAGCACGCCCUGGAACCAGCGCUUACUCUGAGGGUUGGACAGAGUAUUGUUCCAGCGUGUGUCAGUCGCGGCGUCAUAUCAAACAUGUUCCCAUUACACGAGAGAGCGUCUCUAGACUACUUGCGACAGAAGUGGGUUAAAAGUAUUUUCAACCCUCAGCCAUUAGAUGAAAUAAGCGAAUAUUUCGGUGUAAAAGUAGCUAUGUAUUUCGCUUGGUUGGGUCAUUACACUCAGUAUCUGACGGUACCGGCCUUCGUUGGAUUCAUAUUUUGGAUAUGGAUCAAAACAGCCGACGAAUAUUGGAAGGAUAUAGCGCAUGUACUUUUCUCACUGUUCAACGUCCUGUGGGCCUGCGUGUAUUUGGAGACAUGGAAAAGAUUAUCAAAUGUUCUGGCAUAUCGAUGGGGCACUUUGGACCAAAGAGACGAUUUGCUCGUGGAACCCAGGCCGUUGUUUCAGGGCGAGAUGGGUAUAAGCAAGGUGACCGGCCGGCCGGAGCCGCAGUACCCGUCGUGGCGGAGGCGCGUGUGGCGGCACUGUGUGUCGCUACCGGUCAUGAUGGUGUGCCUGGCGGUCGCCGCGCUGGCUACCUGCGGCUUGCUGAGAGCGCAGGACUGGUGGGAAGAAAGAAUAGUUUACCUGUCGUUUAUACCGAGAGCGUUUUUGGCAGUUAUAAUAGCAGUCGAAGAAGAGCUCUACGCCAGGAUCGCGAAAUGGUUGAACGAUAAAGAGAACUAUCGCCUCGAGACAAAAUAUGAAAAUCAUCUCAUACUGAAAAUAGCGUUGUUUCAGUUCGUGAAUUCGUUCAUGAGUUUGUUCUACAUCGCGUUCUACUUACAGGACAUGGAUAAAUUGAAAGAGCAACUAGCCGUACUGUUAAUAACGAGACAAAUAAUAGGUAACCUGAAAGAAUCCGCGUUACCGUAUGUCAUAGAAAAUGUUAGAUUCCACAAGAUGUGCUACGAAAUAUUCGGCAUAAGUCCCAGUAAAGUACAAACCCAAAACCAACUGUCUGAGCUGUUUGAUAAGAGGACGUCGUCUUCCGGGGAAGCCCCUGAGGUCAACGGCACCGAUGAGAGAAGGGACUCCGAUAUAACUACCAAAGGAAUAUACCAGGCUGAGCUGGAAUCACAGCUGUUCAAGUACGAGGGCACGUUCGCGGAGUACCUGGAGAUGUUGACUCAGCUGGGCCACGUGCUGCUGUUCUCGACCGCCUUCCCCCUGGCCGCUCUCUGCGCCCUCGUCAACAACACGUGUGAAGUGCGAGCCGAUGCAUUCAAACUAUGCCACGUGGCCCAGAGACCCUUCGGAGAGAGGGUCAGCAAUAUCGGCAGCUGGCAGCACGCCAUGGAAGCAAUGGUGUGGUUGUCGGUGUUGGUGAACUGUGCCCUGAUUGGUCUCUCGGGUCCCGUGCAUAGACUGUUGCCCGGGGCCACCGCCUCGCAGACCGUACUAGGGAUUGUUGCUUUGGAGCACGUUAUCCUGGUGAUAGUUCUGUGUCUUCGUCUGGCUAUACCCGAAAUCCCGGGUUGGCUCGCCACGGAAAUGGCAAAGGUCGAAUUCCAAAGGCGAGAGGCUAUAAAGAACGCACACGCACCGCUACUGUCUGAAGGCACUAGUUCGGACGACAUCCGCCGCACGCCCAGCAUCACGCCCACUACACCCAAACAGGACCGGAAGAAGAUCUGUGUAGGGAAGAUACCGGAAAUACCACCCUUCAGACCAAAGGCUGCUUCUAUCACAGAACCGUCUGUGACUACUGGGUCUUUACAAAUACUACAGGAUGUGAGUCCCACCAAACCCAUACCACGCCGGAAGCAGGAGGGCCUGUCUCUGCUCGGUGUCCGCGGUCUUCGUGACGAGCCUCUCCAUCGGUCAGCUCACUGCAUCCCUCAUCCGACACGACCGCUCGCCAACCCCGCGCUACAGGAGUUAUCCGGCGGCCCCAUAGCCGGUUCGGAGCCUGAUCUGAAUGCAUCGGUGACUCCCUCAAUGGAAACGAGCGCCUCCAGCGAAGACGACAGGCCGAGAGACAAGGAGAAGGAUAAGAGCAGUCGGUCUCGUGCUAAGGCGGCGCUGGUGAAGCGCGUGCGCUCCGUGGCGGUUUUUUCAUUGGGACUGCGAAGGGCGCGCGAGGCGGCUGCGGCACACGACGCCCAAGACACGCACACUCCGCACACACCUGGACCACCGGCUCCUAUGUUGGGUGGCGAGCUGUCUUUGAUACCCAUAGAGCAGCUCAUACAAUUGGACGACGUGAGGCCGCGGCAUAACCACACGUAGGUACACGACACACGACACGACGUCACGACACGACAUGCGACACGGCCGGACUGUUUGAAUGCCACAGCAAUGAUCAUUAAUGUAACCUGACCUCGUUACGUUUUAUUUAUGUACCUUCAUACAUUUAGUAACUUGGUUUGUGUUAUCAAUGAAAAAAACUGUUGUAAUCGCAAUACAAACAACCUAAUAUAACCUCCUUUGAUUUAUUUCAUUACAAUAAUAAAAUAUAAUAAUAUGCGUAUUUCAUUCACAUAUUACAUUCAUUACAUUCCACAUAUUAUUAUUUCUAAAUUUAUUAUACAAAAAAAAUUUUGGUUUUCAUAUAGAAGCUUUGUGUAUUUAUUUUUUUUACUGAGGCUAUCAGCAUACACAUAUAAAUUAUAUACAUACAAUAUACAUUACAAGAAAUAAGGUUACAUUGUUUGAUGAAAAAUGUUUUUUUUUUCACCCAAAGAACAUUUCAUACAAACAGUCCGGUGAUUAGAGGAUAAUUUAAUAUAGAAUCUUAAUGUACUUCAGUUAAAUUUUCGUUUGAAUGUACAAGUAUUUAUAUUUAAGGGGAUACAGCGGGGAGUAAGGAGAAAAAUGUAAUGUGGCUUUUAUUGUCAUUAAUAUAUGGUUCAUAUUCCAAUAACACGCAAUAAUAGUUAUAUAAGUCAACCAAUAGUUCAGUUUGUUGAAUUUAAAACAAAGGUAAGGAGAAUAAAUUAAACGACAAGUUUGAGACCUACAUAAUAUUAAUGAAUAUCGCAAUCGACGGUAUUUUGAAAAGUUUUUUAAUGAGAAAUUUUUGUAUGAAUUUUUCAAUGUUGUUGACGUGUUCGUUUAAAACGCAAUUGUUGUAAAGCAAAAAUUGUUUGUCUAUGCUUCCGAAAUCAAUGAGCAAUUUUUUGACAAUAAGUUGAAUGUUCUCAGACCGGCGACACUUAGAACGCUAGAAUAUAGAUGGUGUAUAGAAAUAGAUUUAGUUAAAAAUUAUUUUCUACUAUAAAAGUUACAGUGAAAUUGUUGUUUAGAUAUUUUAAUUUUAGCACCCAAUGUCGUCUGGUUAUAGUAACUUCUGUUAUAGCUAAAAUUUAAUCAUCUCCCUAUAAUUUGCUGUCAUUUAAAAAUGUCUAUAUAUGGUGAAUCCUUUCCAAAACCCUCGACUGCUUUUUCAAGAAAACAAGAGUAACAGUGAGUGACACAAUAUAAAAUUUUGAACAUCCUGUCUUGAAAACACAAUAAUGCAAUUUAAUUACUUGGAUAAUAUAUAUUUAUAUAUAUUAUUUUUUUCCGUAGUCCUAUUUAAAAUUUUGUAUAAUCUGUUUUAAAUCACACAAUAACAUAUAAUGAAAAUAAAUUUGGCUUUGACGUUUCAUAAGAUGUCUAUAUAUUGGUUAACUUUGAUUAUUUGAAUUUGAUGUUUGAAACGGCGGCUUCGUGCAUCUUUUGAAAUUUGUUUUGUUGCUUUUAUUUGUAGAAAAUUAUUAAUGUUCGUCCUACAUUAAGUUUUGAGUCAAAAUAACUAAUAUGUUAUAUAUAUUUUUUUAAAUUCAACUAGUUACUAGAUUGUUCUGCAUUUUGUCAAAACAAAUAUAUGAGAUAUAAAAGAUUAAGAUUUCUAAGGCUACUUGCAAUCUUUGCCGAUGUCGCACCAGUCAAUUAUUAAAACCAAAAAUUUUGCAAACGAAGUGAAUACUAAAUUGACAAUGUCUGAUUUCUGAAUAUAUUUUAAAAUACUUGCAUCAAACAGUAAUUUUUUGUGAAUGCAAUUUUUUAGUUAUGAAUUUUAUGAAGCGUUUCCGUAAAACUAUCUUAAUAGUCA